AUGUCAGCUGUUCGUAGGCCUUUGCCUCUGAAUCUCGGUGAAACUCGUCGCAUUCCCGGAGUUAUAUUACCGGUUGAAAUCGGACCCAGUACUCAGCUUAGCAAUCGGACCGACGUUAUUAUUAAUGGUCAGAAAGUCACAAUCGAUGCAAGAGAUUUGGAGGUGAAAGAAGAGUUAGGUCGAGGGGAGUACGCGCGCGUUCAUCGGAUGUACCACGCGCCGAGUAAGUGCGAAUUUGCAGUAAAAAGACUGCCAUUUGAAGUGGAAACUUCAGACCGCUCACGUAUUCUUAACGAUUGGAAUGUGAGCAUGCGCACCAGCACUUGCCCUUACGCUGUCCUCUCCUACGGCGCCCUAUCCGUCGGCUGCGAGUUUUGGGUGGUCAUGGAGCUCAUGGAUGAUUCCCUAGAUAAAUUCCUUCACAAGGUUUCAGCACUUGGUGUCAAUGCCCAUCUGCGGUGA